CUGUUUUGGGCCAUGUGUCCAGCCGUAUUUCUCUGGGUUGGCCCAUUCUGGAGAGUGCACAUCGCAGGCACGGAGAGGUCCAGAAGAGACUGGCGGCCUCCCAGCGGCUCUCCAGCCUCUGGCCCCCACCCCGCCCCCGCAGCCGGAUGUUGUGAUUUCUCUCCACCCACACGGCCUCGCCCGCCCUCGGCCUCUGCUGCCUUAUAAGGCAGCGCUACCACCCCGAGACGUUUGGAUGAACUCACACCCAUUAUACAGGUGGGGAACAGAAGUGCCAGAAGUCCAGUGGCUGGAUCUACGCCAAACGCCAGGAAGAAAACAAGGCUGAUAUCCCACUCUCUCCACUCCCACUUUACCCACCAGAAAACGGAGCCUUGCUCAAACUGAGAGUGACUCCACCUUGGAAAGACCCCAAGAAGCAUAACCACAGAGCGGAUGAGCACACAGUAGUUCUCACGGUCACUGGGGAGCCAUGCUACUUCCCCUUCCAGUACAACCGGCAAAUGUACCGCACAUGCAUCCACAAGGGCCGGCCUGGCCCCCAGCCCUGGUGCGCUACCAGCCCCAACUUCGAGCAGGACCAGCAAUGGGCAUACUGCCUGGAGGCCAAGAAAGUGAAAGACCACUGCAGCAAACACAGCCCCUGCCAGAAUGGAGGGACCUGUAUGAACAUGCCAAAAGGCCCACACUGCAUCUGUCCAGAACACUUCACUGGGAAGCACUGCCAGAGAGAGAAGUGCUUUGAGCCUCAGCUUCUCCAGUUCUUCCAUGAGAAAGAAAUCUGGUAUAGCCUUGAGCCGGCGGGUGUGGCCAGGUGCCAGUGUAAGGGUCCUGAUGCCCACUGCAAGCUGCUGGCCAGCCAGGUCUGCCACACCAACCCGUGCCUCAAUGGGGGCAGCUGCCUAGAGGCGGAGGGCCACCGCCUGUGCCAUUGCCGGGCAGGCUACUCAGGACGCCUCUGCGACAUAGACACUGAGGCGCGAUGCUUUGAUGGCCGCGGGCUUGACUACCGCGGCGCGGCUGAGACUGCGCUCUCGGGCGCCCGGUGUCAGCCGUGGGCCUCAGAGGCCACCUACCGGAACGUGACUGCAGAGCAAGCGCUGAACUGGGGACUGGGCGACCAUGCCUUCUGCAGGAACCCGGACAAUGACACCCGCCCGUGGUGCUUCGUGUGGAGCGGCGACCGGCUGAGCUGGGAAUAUUGCCGCCUGGCACGUUGCCAAGCCCCAGUUCUUGAGGCUCCUCAGAUCCUGCCUCCAACCCAGGUCCCCUCUGGGCACCCGGACUUUCUCCUGCCAUCGCUCUCAGCACUGCAGAAGCCGCAGCCCCCGACCCCAGCCUUGGGCGUGACGCCGGAGCAGCCCACUCCCCUGCCGAGUGCCAGCUGCGGACAGCGACUCCGGAAACGGCUGUCCUCGCUGAGCCGCGUGGUUGGGGGACUGGUGGCCCUGCCCGGGGCGCACCCCUACAUCGCCGCGUUGUACUGGCGCCACAACUUCUGCGCGGGUAACCUCAUCGCCUCCUGCUGGGUGCUGACCGCGGCGCACUGUCUGCAGAACCGGCCCGCGCCGGAGGAGCUGAGAGUGGUGCUCGGCCAGGACCGCCAUAACCAGAGCUGUGAGCAGUGCCAGACGCUGGCCGUGCGCUCCUACCGCCUGCACGAGGCCUUCUCGCCCAUCACCUACCAGCACGACCUGGCCCUGCUCCGCCUGCAGGAAGGAGAGGACGGCCACUGCGCGCUCCUGUCGCCUUUCGUUCAGCCGGUGUGCUUGCCGAGCGGCGCUGCCCGCCCAGCUGAGGCAGAGGCUGCGCCCUGCGAGGUCGCCGGCUGGGGCCACCAGUUUGAGGGGGCCGGGAAAUAUUCCAGCUUCCUGCAGGAAGCGCAGGUGCCGCUCAUCCCUCCGGAGCGCUGCUCCGCCCCGGACGUGCACGGAGUGUCUUUUACAUCCGGCAUGCUCUGCGCUGGCUUCCUCGAGGGCGGUACCGACGCGUGCCAGGGUGACUCCGGGGGCCCACUCGUGUGUGAGGACGAGGCCGCAGAGCACCAGCUCAUCCUGCGAGGCAUCGUCAGCUGGGGCUCCGGUUGUGGCGACCGCUAUAAGCCAGGUGUGUACACCGACGUGGCCAGCUACCUGGCCUGGAUCCAAGAGCACACCAAUUCCUGACCAUCCAGGGACUCGUCUUUCCCUCCUGGGGGAUUCUGGAAUGGAAGGGUGGCUGGUGCAUAAUCUUGGAUGGCAAGGGUUGCGUUCCAUUCCUCUCAGCUCUGGCAGCUGGGGGCCAGGCAUAGAGUAGGCACUCAAUAAAGUGCUUCUGAAAAUGUG